GUGGCUCUUCUCAAAUGGGAGAGGCAAGAAGUUGUAGACAGCGCCCGCACAGACCAUUACAGCUGGCAAGGCUGACAGCACGUGAGCGGGACGUCUUCUAGCUUUUCCAUCUUACCAUCCAUGCACCUAAUUACAGGGGUAUUGGUUGCAGGCCGAAGCUAAGGUGGCCUCUCUCGUCGCUCACCACCACAAAGGAAUCACCACCUCCCAUGUUACCUUCAGAACUUGCUGAAGUCAAUCUUUUCUGCAAGUGAUUAGGCCUUGCUGUCGCGCAGUAGAAAUCGGUAAGUUGUCAAUUGACCACAAACCCCGAGCAUCAUUAUCGAGCAAGCAAUUGUUAACUUGGGAUAGAAGCAACAGGCACAUCGAUCGGCAUUUCCCAGGAGGAGUGAAUACAUCUUGUCGACAAGAUGAUCUCCGAUGACGAUCUCUACCGCCUUGCCAUCUUCCUUGGCUCAGCAGCAAUGAUUCUCAUUGUGCUAUACCAUUACAUCGAAGUCAACACAGAAGACACCGAGGUUGCGAACGCGAAGGCCACAGCAAAGACAAGGGGCCAAUCAACACCGGUUGGCAAGCAAGGAACGGCAACAAAAUAGGGAGCCCGUGGAAUGAGCCUGUGUGGUCGCGUGGGAGCCGCGAAGCUGGGCCUAGCUAUCGCUGCCCGAGGGCUUAAUGUUGAGAGUGGUUGAACGCGCGGUACCAUUGGUUAUUCGAGGCCAGCAAGGGAAUCUGCAAAGCCCCCUCGCCGAAGUAACUAGGGAAACAGAUACAGGACGGCCCAAGAACUGUAAUGGCCAGGGCAAUCAGGGAGGAUAAGGCACACAAGUAUGGCGCUUAAACGUCAUAUCCUGCGCCCUUCUAGAGCCGGCGCAUAAAUUCACUGUUGCCAAGGAUGCUGUAUGAACUGCUUGUUACUUGUUUGCGCUGCGAUGGAAGGCCAGUCAGGCAAGUCGUUUACACGCUGCUCGGGACGUUGAGGUUAAGAGCAUCGUUCCGGUUCCAAAGUCGUUGAAAU